GCGCGUUCACGGGAGUUUGCGAGGGAGGAGGGAAGGGAAGAACGCAAGCGGUGAGGAGUUUUUAAUGUCCGCCAUGUUGUGAAUGGCGCACUGAGGCAGCGAGAGAAAACACACACACACGCCUCUGCUUCUCCUCGCUGGAGCUCUUCUAGUCCAUUAUUUUUUCUCAUUCUCCAACUCCAUCCACCCUCCUCCAUGAGAUCUGUGGCGGUUUUAUGGGUGAUUGUGAGGGGAUCGGACAGAUUUAUAGAGUAAAAUGAGUAAACUGUCGUUCAGGGCGCGGGCGCUGGACGCUCUCAAACCGCUGCCCGUUUUCCGCUGCGAGGAUCUGCCAGACCUGCACGAGUACGCGUCCAUCAACCGCGCCGUGCCGCAGAUGCCCACCGGCAUGGAGAAGGACGAGGAAUCGGAACACCAUCUCCAGAGGGCGAUUUCUGCCCAGCAGGUGUACGGAGAGAAGAGGGAUAACAUGGUGAUUCCCGUCCCAGAGGCCGAGAGCAACAUCACCUACUAUGACUCGCUCUACCCCGGAGAUUUCAGGAUGCCAAAGCAGCUCAUUCACAUACAGCCUUUCAGUCUAGAUACGGAGCAGCCGGACUACGAUCUGGACUCUGAGGAUGAGGUUUUUGUGAAUAAGCUGAAAAAGAAACUGGAGGUGGAGGCCCUGCAGUUCGAGGAGAUGAUUGACAGAUUGGAGAAAGGCAGCGGACAGCAGCUGGUGACCCUACAGGAAGCAAAGCUGUUACUGAAGGAGGACGAUGAUCUGAUAAGGGAGGUGUUUGAGUACUGGAGCAGGAAGAGGAAACUGUGUAAAAACGGAUCCCUCAUCCCAACCAUCAAGCAGGAAAAGCGGGACGUUUCCAGCACCAAUGACCCCUAUGUGGCCUUCAGGCGCAGGACUGAGAAGAUGCAGACGAGAAAGAACCGUAAGAAUGACGAGGCGUCCUAUGAGAAGAUGCUCAAACUAAGAAGGGACCUGAGUCGAGCCGUCACCGUCCUGGAGAUGAUCAAGAAACGAGAAAAGAGCAAACGAGAACUGCUUCAUCUCACACUGGAGAUUGUGGAGAAGAGGAACGCCAUGCCAGACUUUGGUUUAGAGGUGAUGGCAGAAGCACUAGCUAUGGCAAAACCUGUUUACAAGAUUCCCAUAAUACCCUUCUCCAGCAGCAGUCAGUACCUCCACCAGGACCACAUAGACUUCAAAGACUACAAGACCAAGCCUGAAAAGACAGAGGUGGUCAGAACAAAGAGGAAGUACGAGAAAAGGCCCAAAAUCCUGCCUCUCUCCGCCCCAUUGCAUACUGGCCCCUCCCUGUUUAACCCCAAAGACCUCAACCAGUACGACUUCCCCAGCUCUGAUGAUGAGCCCUUUUCACAGAUACAUUCUGGGUCAUCAGAGGCCGAGGAAGAGAACGAGCCCGAUGGAGCGUUUGCCUUCAGGCGGAAAGCAGGAUGUGUUUAUCAUGCUCCCCGUUUGGAUCACAGCGGCGACUGGCCCUGGUCUGGAGAAACAGACGGAGGGUCAUGUGACCCGCGGUUUCGGUACUCCCUCACCACUCUCACCAUUCCCCGCCGCUGUGUCGGGUUGGCACGACGACGGGUGGGACGGGGCGGCAGGUUACUUCUGGACCGGGCCUAUUCGAAUUUAAAUGGUUUAUUCCAAAGUCUGGACUCCGAGUCAGAGCCGGACUUCUCCUUCCCUGCUUCUCCUCUCCAUCCGGAAACCACUUCCCAGACCGUUACCUCAUCCUCUUCUUCCUCUCAUACCACGUAUUCAGACCUGAGGCAGAUCCUCCGAAACAUCAAAGCUUGCCGCUGGAGGCACUUUAAACCACGGACACUAACCAGCCAAUCAGGCGCAGGGGAUGCGCUGUCACGGAGAUUGUUUAGGGGGUUGGUGAGGGGCGGCGCAGGGCCGGGUGGCAGUACGCUGGGCAGAACAGCAGGCGCGGGACCACCCGCAGUAGCGUUCACGGCUGAGCAGUAUCAGCAGCAUCAAGAACAGUUGGCCCUUAUGCAGAAACAGCAGCUGGAGCAGAUACAACAACAGGCCAAUGAUACAGGCUCGAGUCAGUCUCUUGUGUCCAAGACGUUGGACUCAGUCAGUGCCCAGUUUGCUGCCUCUGCACUCGUGACCUCUGACCAGCUUUUGACCCUAAAGGUCAAAGAGGACGGCGUAGGAGGUGGAGUCAACGGAGUCGUCCAAGCUUCAGGAGUUUACAAGGGAUUGAGCAUCUCUGCCACAUCCUCUGCUUCGGUCCUCACUAGCCAACCAACACCGACCGCUGCCCCGCCCGCCUUCCUGUCCUCCACUAGCAACUCCAACACAAGCUCCGCCCACACGGUCCACAACCCUAUAGGUAACCACAGUAACAACACAGCCAACUCCACCUCUCAGGUCCUGAUCAGCAACAACCUACGUCUCAGCGUCACCACACCCUCUAUCGCCAGUCUAAAUGCCCGUCACCUUCCCAGAAGUCUCAGCAAUGUGCCACCCGCUGCCUUGAAGCUCGCUGCCGCCAGCAACUGUCAGCUCCCCAAAGUCAACACUGGGGAGCAUCACGAGCAGGAAAAGCAGUCCCUCAACAGUAUAGCGGAGAACACAGUGGCCAUGGAGGUGACGUAGUGACCGCUGCCUGGGCGUCGUUCUUUUUUCCCGCCCAGUCCAGUCUUCUGGUGCUGUGCACCAAUUGGGUUCGGAGAAGCAAAAGGACAGCGGGUUUCCGACUGUCUGGUUCUGGUUUCCGGUUCUGUCUGAACGUGACACAAAUUUUCAUCUCUUUAUUUUCGCCCCUUUUUCAUUUUUUUUUUUUUUUUAAUACUUUGUUUCUGUAAAGAAAAGUUGUGUAAAUUAUGAUUAUGGCUAAUAUUCGAUGUACAGAAACUACAUAUUUGUAAAAGCCCGCCACCACCUUGUAUAUAUGCUACUUGAAUACAGAACUGUUGAGUUGAUGUUUUGCACUUGGGGAAUCAAAAAAAAGUAAAAAGCGAAUGAAGGGGGAGUGUGUGAGGUAAACGUGAGUGUGUGAAGAGUCAUGUGCAUGGUGAGGAAACCUGCUGUUCUACCUAUUUAUUGUGCUGUGUUUACAAUUAUUAGUUUUUUUUUAAUGUUGGUUAUUUUCUUUUAUUUCAUACACUGUGUCCCUCAGUUGUUUCCUGUGGUGUUCUAAGUGUUUAGGUAGCUGGCAAUUCCUACAUUUCCCCGUUUUCAAGUUUGACUGAUUCACUCUGUGAAUCAGAUUGAACGUUAAUGGAAUCAUGCA